AUGAAGGCAGUUCUUCCUUUGAGGAAACUCUUUGAUUCCUUUCCUGCCGCCUUGGAGUUUCCGGUGUGCUCAGGAGCCGAGACAAUGGCCUCAGGCCAACAAACGGAUGCGCGUGGACCGCCCAUCUCUCUUCGGGAGGCUUGCAACAAGGUGUUGACGCCGCGGAUCAGCUCCUUGUUCGUCAGCCUGAGAGACAUGCCCGUCGUCGUCCUCGGCCACCGGCCUUCCCAACUAGGCUUGACUCAUUCGAAAAGCCAUGGAGAAAAAAUUGAAGCUAUUCCCCAGAGAUAA